CCAUAUUGUUUUGUAUGGCAGCUUCCAUCCCGUCUUCUCGCUCCAAGCAGUUCCUAGUGCCUCGGGGUCGUUAGCAGCAAUGCCAGGGAAUUUGAAAGAGAGAAAGAAGUCCCUGUCCUCGUCGAGUUUAUCGUCAUCAGGUUCAUCUUCUGACUCUCUGUCUUCAGACGCUGCAGAAAAGGAACGGGAUCUGGACAGGUCCAGGCACGUCAAGUGGAAAAAUGGAAAGGGGAGUCGGAAAGUCAGCUCUGCUAAGGCGAGGCCUAACGCUAAGGACGAUACGUUGCACGUGAGACAGUUGCAAGGAAGAAGUGUGAUGGACAGAUACAGCCUUUCACCAGGUCGCAAGGGAAUGAGUUCUCUGUCGGCCUCCACAAUCUCCCUUGCUGAAAGUGAAGUGGAUUAUUUGAAGGAUGCUCUUCGGGGGUCUUACAGUCUUGAUGAGUUGAGAAUUCCAGCUCAUGAUUUGAAGAUUUUGGAGAGAAUGGCUUUAAGGGUUCAAGAGGAAAAGGAAAGGGAGAAGAAGGCAGAACAAAAGCAUAAAGAGUGGUUGGAAGAAGAACGAGAACUGAGGAUUUUCCAGAAUGCGGCUCUGGAAAGGUACCGUAAGCAGGUGGCAGCAAGAUGGAGGCAAGAUGCCGAUGAUAUUAAGAAAAAGAAAGCCCAGAUUGAGUCAGAGUAUGAACGAAAGACUCAAUCAAUACAGCGUCACCUUGAAGAAAAGGAGCAGCAUGCCCUUUCCUUGCUUGAAGAAUAUCAUUCUCGUAGAAGAAAUGAGCUCUUGCAGCAGAGGAUGAUGUACCUACAUCGGAAGCUGAGAUUGGAAGCCGAGUUAUCCAGGAGACAGGAAGAAGAACUAAAAAGGAAGAGAGAGAUUAUAGCUGAAAGUCAGAAGAGAAUUGAGAAAGCUGAACAGAUGAGGAUUCAGAUGGCAGAAGCCCAUAAACAAAGGUUGCUGGAGCUGAACCGUGAAGCAAUGGCUGGGAUGCUCCUGCGCCGAUGCGAAGUCACUACCCGAGCAAAAGAGGCCCUGGAGACUAUGCGCAUCCAGCUGCUGGAAAGAGAAAAGACUGCAAAUGAGAACUAUGCAGAAAUGGUCCGCAAGAGGAAAGCCCAGCUUGAGCAGCAGAGUCAUGAGUUGGAGCGUCGGAAGGAGCAAGUGAAUCGCGUGAGGAGGGAGCUGGACAAGGGCUUCGAUGCAUGGAGGGAGCAGGUGAGACGCAUCCAAGAUACGUCUCUCAGGCGGGCCAAAGAAGUCGUUGAUAGGGAGAAAGAACGACGGAGCCGAGAUACCAGGGAGGCCGAGGAGAAACGGGAACUGGAGCAUCGAAAAAACCUCAAAAGACUGGAGAACGAAUGGAUAUUGAUGGAGAAGCAGCGGCGGGAGAUGCUGGCCUGCAAGGACCGUCGCUCGCGAACCAUCCGAGAAGAGAAGGAGCGGCAAGUGCACCAGGCAAGGAAGGUGGCCCACACCACAGCCAAGAUCCGCGACACCCUCCGACGGAGCCUCUCCCCCGACACCUUCGACAAGAAGGCGCGUCGGGUCGCGGUGGAAUUGCGCAUCACUCGACGCCCUGCCGGCAGUGCGAGGCCUCAGUAUGCCAAAUCUCACAUCCUUCUCGGCUGAGCUGGAAGCCUCUCAGGAUGUCCAAUGCCUUUUACCUGUUUCGCUGCUUUCGUUUGUUUGUUGCUAUAUUUUUCCUUCGUGUUACCUGUUUGAUCAUCUCUUCCAUCGGUUUAUCAUGUGAUAUUCAAGCACAAGUGCAAUGUUACCCCUGUGAAGAUUUGAGUCUUGUUGCAGAAAAGUGCAUCAUUUUUCUCAUGGUUUUGAUCUAAUUUUGGGCCAAGGUGAUGUGUAAGUGUUGGCCUACUUGUGCUUCCCCUUACAUUCCUUUGAGGAAUUGCUUCCCGUACCAGUUAGAGCUUCCUUAUGUUCAUCUGCCAGCUUCUGGCUAUGCCUGGAAUUCAGGCUUAUGUAUUCAUACGUAUCAACAUCGCACUUAGGGUUGCCAUCCGUUUAUAAUUAGUAUGGACAGUACAUAUUUCAGAUGCAAUGUCCAUACUGCAAAAUGGUCUUAAUAUGAACGCUGUUUUGUCCAUAUUUUAAACCUAAGAUUUUUUUUUAAUAAACAAAGCAUAAUAGCUGCCAAAACCACUCUUUUCCUUAAGUCAAAGUUGCAGUAGUAAAUUCAAUGGUGGCAACCCUAAUCGCACCAGUAGAUCUAGGAAUGAUCAGUAUUUGUGAGCGAUUUAGAACCGUAGUGAUGAGUUUGUGCAAUAUUGCAUCUGUUGUGAUAAUUAUGACACACUCCGUCCAUAUGCUGCCUUAGAACUCAAGGAUCUCAAUAAAGC